AUGCUUUGGAAUUGAAUUUUGGGCUGCGAGUUACUUUGCCAUUUGCGAUCGUAUCAGUGACUCUGAUUGUCUUCUCUAUCUACGCCUAGCAAGCUCAAAGUCUCUUCAUCGCACCUUAUAGCUCUCGUCAGACCUAUCCUAAAUCUACUUUGCACUUGGGAAACUCGUCCCUUGUGAUAUGACCGCAGCGUUGCCUCCACUUCGUCAAAUUCCCAUCUCAGAAGCAGCUCGACUGACGCCACCAAAACUCAGGAUUAAGACCGACGACGAUGUUGCAUGUUGGCGGGAUACUCGAGGCUAUCACGAUUAUGGUCUCUUCCUUCGGCGGUUGAACGAAUCAGUCGUCGGGUAUUUCCUGCCUUACUCAAGUCCUUCUAUGACUCAAGCUACCACAUCGAUCCUCUCAAUGCUCGAUAAGCUCGACUCUUGGAUCAACGAAAUCCCGCCGUUACCCACGCCUCAGCGAUUCGGGAACCUCGCAUUCCGUACGUGGGGAAAGAAACUAGAAGAUAAUGUCGACUCGCUUCUAACCUCUCUUCUCCCGUCUGAGUUUGCUGCGUCUAUCCCUCUCAUAUCACCAUACCUGGUGACCUCCUUUGGCUCAUUCACUCGGAUGGACUACGGAACUGGACACGAAACUUCGUUUGCCUUGUUUCUUCUCUGCCUCACACUGAUCCGAUUUUUUGAGCCGCUGCCCGAGCAAGAACGCGAUCUGGUUCUUGUUGUGUUCUUACGGUAUCUCCGACUAUGCUGGCGAUUGCAAGAUGUUUAUCGUUUAGAGCCAGCGGGAAGCCAUGGCGUGUGGGGACUAGACGAUUAUAGCUUUUUGAGCUAUAUAUUUGGAAGUGCUCAGCUGAGAGAGUCUGAUAUAUCUGUCACCACGAUUCUUCGACGUCCUCUUCCGCCGACUAAUCUUUACUUCCUAUCGAUAUCUCGUAUUCAUGAGGUCAAGACCGGACCUUUCCAUGAACAUUCAUCCCAACUGUAUAACAUCGCUACCGGCGUACCCCGCUGGGCAAAGGUAAACUCGGGACUUUUCAAGAUGUACGAGGCCGGAACUUUAGGCAGAAGUCCUGGGCAAACGAGUCGUAGUCCAACAUAUUCCUUUGGGCGGCCUUAUGGAAUGGGACAUUACUUCUUCAGAUCCGAUGAAACCUGACCGGCGUACUCACGCGCUAGCCGAAGCCGUCCAAGCCCCAUGGGCGACUCCAGCUGCUGUUCAAUCGUCUUUUCCGAGUUCUUUGGUCUCAUCUUCAUCGGCGUCAGGAAGUACUCGAUUUCCGUCGUCGAGCAUGCCGGCUAUGGCACCAACAGCCGCUCCAUGGGUUACCACGAGCCCUAGCCCAAGCCAUGAAUCUUCUCUUGUAGAAAGAAGGGUUCCCGGCCCCAUUGUCCCUGCUUCCAUGCCUCUUGGUCCGGCAGCAAAUACCACUCUUCGACCAAUGGCAAUUCCUCGUACUGACUCGAAGAACCAAGUGAGGUCGACUAUGAACUCAUCGCCUCCGAGCUCUGACUCAACCACUCCAAGCCGAUGAACGCGGUACUUUGGCUGCGCGGACAUUAGAGUUCUGUAUGAGGAUCGUCGGAGCAUCCGAGAUCCAUGAUUGGAUGGUGUGGAGGUGGAAAGCGUUAGAUUCUUGUACAUUUCUUUUCGUUCUUAUCACAAUAUUCUCUUUCCAGUCUAUAUUUCCUUUCUACACAAAUACCAUCGUUAGUGUAGCUCUAGUAGUCUGUCUUCAGUGUAUCUUAACGAUUUUCUAUACCAUUCUAUGGAUGUC